UCAAUAAAAACGUAAAUAACAAUUAAAAGGAACAAGGUCACAUCCGCAAUUGUAUUUUUUUUGUAAAAUUUAAAUGAUUGGAAAUUUAUUAUUUGCCAAAGGUAAUUGGUUACCUACCCUACCCACAAAUGGCUUACCGACGAAUUGACUUAAUUUUAUCAAAAUAAUUAGAACUAAGUUUUAUGAUAUUAUGAGAUCAAGAUCUAACGAAAGACCCAGCCUUGUUUGGCCUUGUUAUGCAACUAAUAAUAUUGUUUAACGGUUACCAAAGUAACACAAUUUCUUUCAAUUUUGAAGUAUGAUUUCUCAAAAAAAGUAAACACACUCAUGUCUGUUACUUUAUUUUACAAAAUUAUAUUAGAUUAUUAUUUGUUACCUAAUAGACAUGGAUGCAAUAAAAGAAGAAGCCAUACACCACACAGCUCUUAAAUUAGCCGAAGAAAUUAAAAACCUAUCCAUAUACAAAUCAUUCUACAGCGAUGUUCAGAAACUAGUCUCUUCGCCAAACGUAAAGAAAGAGGACUUUAAGCAGACGCUACAGCAAGCCAUGAAAGAAAAAGGUUUAGAUACCAAGCUUAGAAACACAGUAUUUCAUUGGGUGAGAACGCAAAGUAAGAAUAGCCACGUCUAAAAACUCUUGAAUAAAUCUUCUAAUUUGCCAUCACUCAUUUAGCUAGAUCCAUUAACUUCUCUUUUGAAAGCGAGUGCACAAUGGGAGAAGAGGAUACAUAAAUCUCUGAACUCGAUGUGCUCCGACCUGGAGACAUCGUUAGCGAAGAUACGAUCCCAGAGUGAGCAGGAGGAGCUCGCGGAAAAGUGGAACGAACUAAGUACCUACAAUUUAGAUUUAACAAAAUACAGGCCAGUGUAUGCUCCGAAAGACUUUUUAGAAGUUUUACUAACGUUAUCCGGCUAUGUGCCAUUUACAAGAGAUGAUGAGCCAAAAUGGGAGUUUGCACAUUUACCACUGCAAGUGAAAACAUUAGAUCAAUUGCGCAAGGUCUAUUUAGAGUGGUUUAACGGGGAGCCUCUCCUCGGAGUGAACCCUAACAUGCCGAGUUCCGUGCCUGGGUUUGCGACGCUGGAGGCCGAACGUAUCGGCUUGGGGGAUAGAGUGGCCGCGUUGGGCUACGCGCCUGUCAUCCAGGAGUACUUGAAAAAAGGCAGCCCACAAUGCUUACGAGCCAAGCUCUGGUCACAAGUGCUGGGAGCUGAGGUGAAGUCACAGCAAAUAGCAUAUUUUGCGCAACUGAAGAAGAGUGUGUUGGACGUUGACCUUAUGAUAGACAAGUUAAUAUUCAAGGACGUGCAGCUGACUGCAUCUAACGAUGACCAGUAUUUUGUAUUUGAAGACCUUUUGUACCAGGUGAUGUUAUGUUUUUCGCGCGAUUGCGAAGUCAUGCAACAUCUCAAGGGCAGCAUUGGCAACCCUCUUACAGUCACUAUCAAGGGCAAGCAGACGUCCGCGGAAAGCGUCACUGUUUUUCCGCCAAGCGGGAUCAUCCCUUUUCAUGGAUUCACCAUGUAUGCAACACCUUUUUGUUACCUGUACGACGACCCGGUGCAGCUAUACUACACGUUUCGAGCUUUUUACAUACGAUAUUGGCAUAGAUUGCACUAUAUUUCGACGCAUCCACAGGGUAUAGUUUCUCUUUGUUUACUGUAUGAAAGGUUACUAGAAGCUAACGAGCCUCUCCUGUGGAUACACUUCAGAAAUAUAAACAUUAAUCCAAUCAGAGUGGUCUUCAAGUGGUUGAUGAGGGCUUUCAGUGGGCACCUGCCGCCUGACCAACUCCUCCUUCUAUGGGACGCCAUACUGGGAUACGACUGCCUCGAGAUCCUGCCUCUUUUAGCCCUGUCUAUACUGAGCUUCAGGAAAGAGAAUAUAUUCCAAGUGAACACAUUGCAAAAUGUCGACGCGGUACUAGCAGACUUGUCCACGGUUUCGGUGAUACCACUUCUGCAACUGGCGCUGAUGAAAGGGUAGAUGCUUAGCGCAAGCGUGACCCUUAAGCAAAUAAUCGUAUCAACUACUUAAUUGGUUUUAAACUAAGAGUCUCGAAAUAAAACGUCGAUUUUAGGAUAGGCUCGGCUAAUAGCAUUGAGCUGGAUUUUUAAUCAAGGAAGGAUUUGUAUCCUUAAUGUUUUUUGUUAGAGUGAUCGUUUUUUUCAUGAAUGAAUAUGAAUUUAUUGUUAAUGUUUUUCCAUAUUUAUUUCUCUUUCAUUGUUAUGUUGAACCAAAUUUUUGUUCGUAAGCAUCCGACUCGAAGGACCAUGAUAAAUGUUUACCUACGCCAUUUAAUAAACUAUCUAUAACUUUUUAAAGUUCAAUCACUUUGCGUUAGUUGCUAUAUUAAAAUAUUGACUGUGUGAGUGUAAAAAGAGACACAGAAAAAAAUGGAAUAUAGAAAAUAGCGGAGGCAAAAAAUAAUAUAAAUAAUAAUCAACAAAAAUAUUUAGAUUACCUACUCAAUAUUAUGUAGUGUACGAGAAGUAUUUUUGUAUGCGAUAAAGUCUACAAUUUAAACAUAAUAGAAUUUCAUAAAAUUAUUUCAGUUAUCCCCAUCGCGUAUGCGCAAGCCAUAACAAUUUAUUGUUAUCCAUAUUGUUUUGUAUAGUGUUUUUAUAGCCUUUUUUUUGUAGAGUUGUA